GUCUCAGAUCAUAUUAUGAUAAAGUGUAGGGAGAUUGAACUUCACAUAAAUACAACUGGGUCUGUUUGUUAUUUUUGUGAGUUUUUUUUCUUUUUUUUUUUUUUGGUCAGCUGUGGUCCUAUGGUGUUGGAUGCUUUAAUCAAGAUUAAGAAUGAAAUUGAUUCUACCUUGACCUUCCGAAGAUCGUGCAGAGAAGGCAUCUGCGGCUCCUGUGCCAUGAACAUCAAUGGAGGCAACACUCUCGCUUGUACCCGAAGGAUUGACAUCAACCUCAACAAAGUUUCAAAAAUCUACCCUCUUCCACAUAUGUAUGUGAUAAAGGAUCUUGUUCCUGAUUUGAGCAACUUCUAUGCCCAGUACAAGUCCAUUGAGCCUUAUUUAAAGAAGAAGGAUGAAUCCCAGGAAGGCAAGGAGCAGUAUCUGCAGUCCAUAGAAGAUCGUGAGAAACUGGACGGGCUCUAUGAGUGCAUUCUCUGCGCCUGCUGCAGCACCAGCUGCCCGAGUUACUGGUGGAAUGGAGACAAGUACUUGGGACCCGCGGUUCUUAUGCAGGCCUAUCGCUGGAUGAUCGACUCCAGAGACGACUUCACAGAGGAGCGCCUGGCCAAGCUGCAGGACCCGUUCUCUCUGUACCGCUGCCACACCAUCAUGAACUGCACGAAUUCCUGUCCCAAGGGGCUGAAUCCAGGGAAAGCUAUUGCUGAAAUCAAGAAAAUGAUGGCAACCUAUAAGGAAAAGAAAGCUUCAGCUUAAGUGUUCCCAUGCUAAACAUGUCUGUAACCGGCUCAGCUGAACGAAAUUUGUGUCUAAUCUGAGUUCCUUCAAAGGUCUCGACUUCCCACAAAUACAGCAUGUAUAAUAAAAAUUUUAAUAAAUAAAUGUUAUUCUACUUUAUUA